GUGAAAGUAACUCCGUCAGUCUGAGCGCGAGAAAAAUGGCUUAUAGUCCGAAGUUGUUCGACUGCCCCAUCUGUUUAGAGUUACUGGAUGAUCCCGUGACGACGGCCUGUGGACACAGUUACUGUACACAAUGCAUCAAUGCCUUCUGGGAUGGAUAUCAUAACAGCAGAAAAGGUUACAGCUGCCCUCAGUGCAGGCGGAGUUUCUCCCCGAGGCCUGACCUGAAGAGGAAUACACUUUUGGCUGCCCUGCUCGAGGAACAUAAAAGUAAAAACAGUCAAAAUGAUGCUGCUGCUGCUGAUGAUGACACCUAUGCUGCACCUGGUGAUGUGCAAUGUGACGCCUGCACAGGGAGAAAAAGAAAAGCUUGGAUGUUCUGCCUCGUGUGUUUGGCCUCUUACUGCGAGACUCAUCUGAAGCCUCACUUUCAGGUGCCAACAUUACAAAAACACAGUUUGAUUCAAGCCUCUGCGAGGAUCAAAGACAGCAUCUGUGGCCGUCACGACAAACUUCUGGAGAUUUACUGCCGCACCGAUCAGGAGUUCGUCUGCCUGCUGUGUGUGAUGGAUGAGCACAAAGGCCACGACACGGUGGCAGUUGCGACAGAAAAGCGUGAAAUGCAGGGACAACUGGAGAGAAGUAAAGAGGAAAUUGCAGACAGAGUGCUGAAGUCAGAGAGGAAAAUGGCAGAGCUGAUGCAGACUGCAGACUCUAUAAGAGAUGCUGCAUGGGAGGCGUGUGAUGACCUUGAUCGACUGUGUGUUGAACACACCUGUGUAUUAGUCCGCUCUGUGGAGAAGAAGCGCUCUGAGAUGAGAGAAAAGGUUGGAGAAGCAGAGAAAGCUGGAGUGGACUGGACCAACAGUCACCUUGGCCAACUGGAACGUGAGGUGUUAGAGCUGAGGAGGAGAGAUUAUGAACUCCAUCAGCUCUCACUGACAGAGGACCCCCUUCAGUUUCUGCAGGGUUUCCAAGCACUGGGUGGCCUCCCUGUGUUGUCAGACCCACAUGAGGGACUUGACAAGCUGACAGAGUUUACCUCCGCACAAACAGAUAAACUGAAAAAUAUGUGCAGCAAAGAAAAGAAAGAAUUAUUCAGUCACUCUGAAGAAUAUCUGCUUUCAAAAAGGCCAAGGUUGCAUGAGGAAAGAACAUCAAGAGCAUACCUUUUGAACAAAUAUAGCAACUCCAAAGUGGAGGUCGAUCCCAACACAGUGUCUGCAUGUCUUUGGUUGUCCGACGGAAACAGAGCAAUAUCAUGGAGUGACAGGGACCAGGCUCAUCCUGAUCACCCUGACAGAUUCACCUUCUAUCACCAGGCUCUGUGCAAAGAGCGCCUUGAGGGCAGCCACUACUGGGAGGUGGAGUGGGAUGGUGGCAUUGUCGACUUGGCCGUGUCAUACAAAGGUAUAAAAAGAAAGGGUUCAGACAGAAGUUGCUGUUUCGGCCACAAUGAGCUCUCCUGGAAAUUAAGCUGCUCUCCGUUCGGCUGCACAUUUUGGCACAAUAAUCUUCACAAAGGCCAGAUUCCUCCGGUUCUCUCUCGCAGAGUGGGCAUUCACCUUGAUCAGGAAGCAGGAACACUGGGUUUCUACGAGGUUUCUGGCUCUGACAGUUUGACACGGCUGCACCAAAUCCAGACCAUCUUCACUCAACCUAUCUAUCCUGGGUUUUCUGUUGAUUUAGGUUCAACACUGAAAAUAUGCAACAUCUAAGCCUGUUUGUAUUAAAACAUGUUAGCAACAGGAACUACUGCCAUUUAUGAUUCAGGGAGAGGAAAAAAGCAGAAGAGUAGGAAGAUUAUAAACAUAUGCAAAGUUAAGAAUAUUUUUGUGUGUGUGAGUUAGAGACGUGGAUGCAUAGAUAGUAAUGACAACAUACAGUGUAUGAGUCAUUUUUCAAGUAUAUUUUGGUAUAUACAUUUCUCUUGAAUGUUCCUGAAAACAUUAUCAAAAGCACUUGUUCAAUUGUUUUUUUUAAUUACUGAUAAAAGACCAACUAUUUUAUAUGAGGUAGUUAAACUUAAAAAUGUUUCAUUGUAAGACUUUGAUGGUUAAACCAUAUUUCUGUGCUCUAUUUUUUAUGCUCUACAAUGAAAUAAUGUUCCCUCAAGCCUGAUUUAUGUUCUGUGUAUCUAUGUGAAAAGAUCUUGGAACACAUAGGCUGUAUUUUGUCUUGUCAGUAUCAUGUUUUUUUUAAAUCACUUGUUGUAUGUUGGAGGACCACAAUGGAAAUAAGCCAUUUAAGGUUUGUUGUUUUAAUCCUUGAUGAUGUUUAUUCUGUAUUUUUACCUAUCAAAAAAACCAAAGCAAAAGCAAUGAGUAAAUCAAGCAAUCUCGUUUAACAGACUAAAAUAAAUGACCAUGCUUAUGACAUGUCUAUCAUU